AUGUACAGCGAUCACGUCGGUGAACACUCAACACAGAAUGAUGUUUACCCGACCAUCUUUAGAUCAUCUACCGACAGCAACAAGUCCUUUCCUAUCUCUCAAUCAUCUACCGACAGCAACAAGUCCUUUCCUAUCUCUCAAUCAUCUACCGACAGCAACAAGUCCUUUCCUAUCUCUCAAUCAUCUACCGACAGCAACAAGUCCUUUCCUAUCUCUCAAUCAUCUACCGACAGCAACAAGUCCUUUCCUAUCUCUCAAUCAUCUACCGACAGCAACAAGUCCUUUCCUAUCUCUCAAUCAUCUACCGACAGCAACAAGUCCUUUCCUAUCUCUCAAUCAUCUACCGACAGCAACAAGUCCUUUCCUAUCUCUCAAUCAUCUACCGACAGCAACAAGUCCUUUCCUAUCUCUCAAUCAUCUACCGACAGCAACAAGUCCUUUCCUAUCUCUCAAUCAUCUACCGACAGCAACAAGUCCUUUCCUAUCUCUCAAUCAUCUACCGACAGCAACAAGUCCUUUCCUAUCUCUCAAUCAUCUACCGACAGCAACAAGUCCUUUCCUAUCUCUCAAUCAUCUACCGACAGCAACAAGUCCUUUCCUAUCUCUCAAUCAUCUACCGACAGCAACAAGUCCUUUCCUAUCUCUCAAUCAUCUACCGACAGCAACAAGUCCUUUCCUAUCUCUCAAUCAUCUACCGACAGCAACAAGUCCUUUCCUAUCUCUCAAUCAUCUACCGACAGCAACAAGUCCUUUCCUAUCUCUCAAUCAUCUACCGACAGCAACAAGUCCUUUCCUAUCUCUCAAUCAUCUACCGACAGCAACAAGUCCUUUCCUAUCUCUCAAUCAUCUACCGACAGCAACAAGUCCUUUCCUAUCUCUCAAUCAUCUACCGACAGCAACAAGUCCUUUCCUAUCUCUCAAUCAUCUACCGACAGCAACAAGUCCUUUCCUAUCUCUCAAUCAUCUACCGACAGCAACAAGUCCUUUCCUAUCUCUCAAUCAUCUACCGACAGCAACAAGUCCUUUCCUAUCUCUCAAUCAUCUACCGACAGCAACAAGUCCUUUCCUAUCUCUCAAUCAUCUACCGACAGCAACAAGUCCUUUCCUAUCUCUCAAUCAUCUACCGACAGCAACAAGUCCUUUCCUAUCUCUCAAUCAUCUACCGACAGCAACAAGUCCUUUCCUAUCUCUCAAUCAUCUACCGACAGCAACAAGUCCUUUCCUAUCUCUCAAUCAUCUACCGACAGCAACAAGUCCUUUCCUAUCUCUCAAUCAUCUACCGACAGCAACAAGUCCUUUCCUAUCUCUCAAUCAUCUACCGACAGCAACAAGUCCUUUCCUAUCUCUCAAUCAUCUACCGACAGCAACAAGUCCUUUCCUAUCUCUCAAUCAUCUACCGACAGCAACAAGUCCUUUCCUAUCUCUCAAUCAUCUACCGACAGCAACAAGUCCUUUCCUAUCUCUCAAUCAUCUACCGACAGCAACAAGUCCUUUCCUAUCUCUCAAUCAUCUACCGACAGCAACAAGUCCUUUCCUAUCUCUCAAUCAUCUACCGACAGCAACAAGUCCUUUCCUAUCUCUCAAUCAUCUACCGACAGCAACAAGUCCUUUCCUAUCUCUCAAUCAUCUACCGACAGCAACAAGUCCUUUCCUAUCUCUCAAUCAUCUACCGACAGCAACAAGUCCUUUCCUAUCUCUCAAUCAUCUACCGACAGCAACAAGUCCUUUCCUAUCUCUCGAUCAUCUACCGACAGCAACAAGUCCUUUCCUAUCUCUCAAUCAUCUACCGACAGCAACAAGUCCUUUCCUAUCUCUCAAUCAUCUACCGACAGCAACAAGUCCUUUCCUAAAUGCUGA